AUGUCACCUCUGGAAUGUUCUGAGUGUUUUGGUGACCAACUUCUGCAUAGGACCUAUACCUGGCACCUAACACUGCACUCGAGGCCACAUUGUACAAGAAAAAGAGACACCGGAUCUGAAAGCCUAGAAAUUCCAAUCAAUGUGGUUCUACCUCAGAGGGGCACAGCCGAGCCCUUCCUCAGGCUCCACAACUUGUACGCCAGCCCGCGCUGCGCCCGGCAGGCCGCCCUGCCCAGGCCGAGCCGCAGGGUGGUCAGCCAGCACUCCUACCCGCUGAAUCGCUUCUCCUCCGUGCCGCUGGACCUCAUGGACCGCCCCACCUCCCAGGCCGACCUGGAGCUGGACUACAACCCUCCCCGCGUGCAGCUCAGCGAUGAGAUGUUCGUCUUCCAGGACGGGCGGUGGGUGAACGAGAACUGCCGCCUGCCGUCGCCGCACUUCUCCCCGCCGCCGUCCUUCCACCACAAGCUGCACCACAAGCGGCUGGCCCGGGAGCACGUGCUGCAGGAGGAGAACAAGGCCCUGCGCGAGGAGAACAAGGCGCUGCGCAGGGAGAACAGGCUCCUGCAGCUCUUCUGGGAGGAGCAGAAGGCCCCGCGGGGCCACGAGGAGGGCAGGGCCGCCAGCCCGGCCCAGGAGGGGGCGCAGAAGGACGCCCCGCAAGCGCACCGCGGCGCGGAGGGCAGCGCCCUGCAGCUCCUCAGGGAGGAGAACCGAGCGCUGCAGCAGCUGCUGGAGCACAGGAAGGCCUACUGGGCACAGACCGACGACAAGGCGGCCCCCGCGGAGGGAAGCAAGCCGGUGCCCUCGCCCCACGAGGAGCCCCACGGCUCCGGGCUGCUCACGGACCCGGGCGCCGGCCUCCCCGCCCCGUUCGAUGAGCUCAAGGGGCCCCCAAGCCCCCAGGAGGACCUCAAGACGCUCUGCGCCCUGCGCGAGAUGGUCAGCAGCCUGGCCGGGCCCUCCGCGGAGGACGAGCCGAGCAAGGCGGGCCCGGGCCUGGCCGACGGCAGCCAGACCUUGGAGCUGCUGAGAGAGAUGAACCAGGCGCUGCAGGCCCUCCGCGAGGAGAACCAGAGCCUGCAGGCCCUCCGCGAGGAGAACCGGCUCCUGCAGGAGGAGAACCGGGCCCUGCACGUGCUGCGCGUGGAGCGCAGGCUGUUCCAGGAGGAGAACAAGGCUCUGUGGGAGAACAACAAGCUGAAGCUGCAGCAGAAGCUGGUCAUCGACACGGUGACCGAGGUCACCGCCCGCAUGGAGAUGCUCAUCGAGGAGCUCUACGCCUUCAUGCCGGCCAAGAACAAGGAGCCCAAGAAGCCCAGCAGGGUCUGA